AUGUUACACGGGAGGACGCCUCGCACAGCGAUCCUCCUAUCGAAGGUUCGAAAGAAGAGGGAGAAACCAACACAGAAUAGAUGGAAGUGGGGGGUUGAUGAGCUUGCAGUAGUGGACCAGAAGAAACAUCUCGGAGUAGAUAUCGCAAAAGACUGCUCGUGGAAUGCACACAUGUUCAAGGUAGCGGACAAGGGCAAAGCACGAACAGGGAGGCUGCACCCAAUACUCGCAAACCGGCACAUCGACACACGCAUCAAACUGACGGUUGUGAAGGGCGUAUUCGUACCGCCGGUAGAGUACGCCGGAGUAGUAUGGGAAGGAAAUAAGAAGGUCGUCAAAGAGCUCGAGGCUGCGCAGAUGAAAGCAGCGAAAACCAUCCUGUAG